AUGUAUUUUUCAGUGGCACACGCCCCUAGAAAUACCAUUGUGUACACAACAGCGACUGUAGGACAAGGUUACACAAUCGGGCUGUCGUCACCUCCUCCAAAUACUGGGUAUGGGCCAGGAAUGUCUCAACAGUUCGUUGCACAGGGGUCAGGGAUACAGGCGCCAAAUGCCGGGUAUGGACCAGGUUUGCCACCGCCAACUACAGGACUAAGACCAGGAUUGACACCCAAUCCAUUACCAGGAGUACCUGUACUUGCAUCGGAUGUACCGAGCGGAUCCAGUAAUGCCGAACCACCCAGUAAUGCCGAACCCCCUCCCCAAUAUACGGAAAAAGAUGCUGCCGAACCCCCUCCUCCUUACCCUCCUACAGAGGAUGGAAACCCUCCUCCCGCUUACCCUCCCACAGAUGCUGCGUACCGUCCAACAAGAUAA